ACCUUCAUUGGGCAGGGAAGCUGGCAGUUCUUCAUUGCCCCGGCGACUGUGGUUGGGUCUGCGCUGGCUGUAAACAGGAGGAAGGAAAGAAAAAACGAAGUGGCCCUUAUUUUGUCCUGCCAACCCCACCCCCCCAAUACCCCUGGAGAGCGGCAAGUUGGGUGUUGGGGGCCAUGCCAGCCCCCUGACCAUGUUCCAGAUUGACGAGUAUAAUGAUGAAGAGACUUUUUCAACGGGCGAGAAGGAAACACAGGAUCCCAAGCUGACCUGCAAGGGCGUCGUAGAAGGGGCCAAGGACCCAGGCCGUCCGGCAAGCACCAAAAGUCCUUCCACUGGGAAUCCAGAGCUGCGGCAUCGCAUUGGAUCAGACCCUCCCUUGCCAGAGCCAGAGGCCCCAGAUGAGCUGGGCACUUUCCGGGCACGCUCGCUCUCCGCCCCUCCCAUCCUGUGGGCCGCUCAGCGAUAUGGGAGGGAGCUGCGAAGGAUGAGUGACGAGUUCCACGGCGCAUUGCAGAAAUUGCCGCGUCCCAAAAGCGCAGGGACCGCUGUUCAAAUGCACCGCACGUUGGGCUGGAAGGAGACCCUGCAGUUAUGGUGGCGUCGAAGAUCGCCAAGCAACGGGUCCCCCAGAAGUCCCCCAUGACUGUGUCAUGCUGCUGUCUAUUACAACUUGGGGGGGAGGCAGGAAAUCUGCAGGGUCUAUGUGGUACAUCUGUGGUGGCCCCAAAACUCUGCAGGGGGGAUGGUCAUUCCUCUGCACCCACCCCCCUAGAAAAGUUUUCCCUAAGGCCUCACACUAUCGUAUGAUGCAUUAAGAAUUUUUCCUGCUGCCCCCAUGCACAGGAUCCCAUACCUUUCUCACCCACAACAUCCCAAAUGCCCUAGUUUUGAGGGGAUUUUGUCCUGCCCUUCCUAGUGUGUGUACUUUUUAAAACACUGUAUGGAUUACUGAAAUAAGAACCCUGAUUUUUCACACAUAAUUUGUAUGAGCUUUUAUUACAUGCUAUUAAACGUUUAUUAAAUA